UAUAACACAGCGACGGUAACAGUGAUUGAUAGAAUUAACAAAGCGUUAGCAGUGAACAGUGCUAAAAAGUAAUUAACAGCAAUUAAAUUACGGAAUAAUUGUACACACUGGACUUUACUCACAGAACAGAAUAAUUCAUCGACCACGAUACUAUGUGAAGAUGCUGGUAGAUUGAGGAAAGUCCAGUCAUGAAUUCAUCAGGAGAUAUUCCGAGUUCGUAUCCGGAUAAUGCAUUGUUCCAGUUUGCCUCGUGGUUUACAGGGGUGCAUGGAUAUGUAAGCUUGAUUAUUUGUACGUUUGGAGUAUGCACAAAUAUUUUCAAUAUAACGAUCUUGUCCCGCUCGGACAUGAGAAGUCCGACAAACGUCAUGUUAACGUGGCUAGCAGUUUCUGAUAUUCUUACUAUGAUACCGUAUAUACCUUUUGCUAUUCAUUUCUAUUGUGUCUUCGAUCCUAUGGAUAUUUCUCCAGAAAAGUUUACCAAAGCAUGGACAACGUACAUGCAGAUACUUGUAAACUUAGCAGCUACAACGCAUACUAUUUCUAUAUGGCUCGGUGUGGCACUAGCUGUUUUCCGAUUCGUCCAAAUGAGAACGACUGCUACUGGACCUAUAGCAAGAAAACGAAGCAUGAAGCAAGCCAAAACUGUGAUAAUCGUUGUUUACAUAGUAUCAACUCUGAUCCUUACUCCGAAUUAUGUUACAAAUGAAAUUGAGGAGGUUACAAUGAACAAUAAAACUAUGUAUGUUCUUAAGGAUUUAAAACUUGCGUCCAAUCAAACUGAUACAAUCGUUCUUGUAAAUGUUCUUGUAUAUUCUAUAGUGGCCAAACUUAUUCCCUGUGCCCUAAUGGUUGUAUUUGGUGGAUCCCUUCUGUAUAGUUUAGCAAUCAAAGGCAAAAGUAGACGGCGUAGAUUAUCAACUAAUGGCUUAGGACAAAAGCGAGAGACUCGUCAAACCAAAACAACAAGAAUGCUACUAGUUGUUAUGAUAUUAUUCUUAAUUACAGAAUUUCCACAAGGAGUUCUUAUAUUUAUGAGUGCUGUUAUGAAGGAUUUUUACCAUAAUGUCUACGUACCUCUUGGUGAUCUUAUGGAUUUCAUUGCUUUAGUAAACAAUGCUAUAAAUUUUGUACUGUAUUGUUCCAUGAGUCAGCAAUUCAGAUCUAAAUUCCUCGAGAUGUAUCUUAGACGAACUUCUAAAUUUAAGAAGAUCGAAAAAUUGAGUUUUACACAUUCGUUUACGAAAACUUUAUUUACUGAUGUCCAUUCUUGAAAAAAAGACAUCAUGAUAGCCGUCUUUAAAACAAUUAAUUAGAUUUUUUUUACAUUUAUAGCAAAACAAUACUAAAACUUAACCGGUGUAAUUUGUGAUGACUGAAAAAAAUAUUGUUAUUUAAGUUGAAAUUUACCAUCACGAUUAAAAUUAAAAAAAAACUAUUACGAUAUCCAAUACCAUUAUUGCCUCGUGAUCCAAAUGGGAAUAGUAUACGCAGACGUCAGACUAAAUGGACUUUAAUACGUCAUUUCCGAAGCAAAGAAGAAGAAUAAGUGUAAUUGAGACUAUACAUUUGGCAUAUUGAAAAUAAAACGCAGAUUAUUUGAAUGAUGGCCAAUCAGCCAUUCAGAACCUGGUCAAAGACAUAUUUAGCAUAAGACGAUCAUUUUUGCUAUAGUGAUACAGGGAUGUUGAAACAUUUAAUCCAAGAAACAUGUACAUGUGUUUACAUUGUUAUUAAUAAGAUUAUCAAUUGGUAAUUAAUAUAAGGAUAUGUGGUACGAACAUUUCAUUCUGUAAUUUUAUUACUCUCAUUUUUUUAAUUUUCUUAUUUUCUGUCUCUAUAUUUAAUUUACAUCAUAUAUAUAUAUAUUUUUUUAAAUCUGUAACAGAAAACUCAAUCAGACGUCGGUAUUUGUUGUUUUUUUUUUUGUUUUUUUUUUUUUUUA